GCCAAAAGCCGGUUUAGUCGAACGUAAAAAGGACAAAAGGGAUUUUAAUAAUUAUCGCGAUAUAAUCGUAUAUUAAUUGUAAUCAAAAUACCAAAAAUGGUUGGGAAAGGCAAGAUGUAUGUGAUAAAACGUGUCUGCAAUUACUUUCCGUGUGAUCAGUGGUUUAUACUCAGGUGUGACUACUGUUGAAUUGGACAAUCUUGCAGCUGAAACUGCAGCAACAAUGACUACUAAACAUCCAGAUUAUGCAAUAUUAGCUGCACGAAUUGCAGUCUCUAAUCUUCAUAAAGAAACAAAAAAAAGUUUUAGUGAAGUAAUACAGUCCUUAUAUAAUGUAAAGGAACAAUAUUCAAAUGAAAGCAGACCUGUUAUUAGUGAGAAAUAUUACAAUAUCAUUAAAAAAAAUGCAAAUAAAUUAAAUUCUGCAAUAAUUUAUGAUAGAGAUUUUAGUUAUAAUUACUUUGGUUUUAAGACACUUGAGAAAAGUUAUUUAUUAAAGAUACAUGGGAAAGUUGUUGAAAGACCACAACAUAUGCUAAUGAGAGUUGCAGUUGCUAUCCAUGAUGAAGAUAUUGAUAAAGCUAUAGAAACAUACAAUUUUUUAUCAGAACGUUAUUUCACUCAUGCAUCUCCAACACUUUUUUCUGCAUGUACUAGACGACAGCAAAUGUCCAGUUGCUUUUUACUAACAAUGAGUGAUGAUAGCAUCGAAGGAAUUUAUGAUACAUUAAAAAGAUGUGCACUUAUUAGUAAAUCAGCUGGUGGCAUUGGACUUAAUGUACAUUGUAUUCGAGCAAAAGGUACACCAAUAGCUGGUACACUUGGUGUAUCUAAUGGCUUAAUUCCAAUGAUCAGAGUAUACAAUAACACAGCUCGGUAUGUUGAUCAAGGAGGAAAUAAAAGACCAGGAGCAUUUGCUAUAUAUUUGGAACCAUGGCAUGCAGAUAUCUUUGAAUUUUUAGAUCUUAAAAAAAAUACUGGUAAGGAAGAACAUAGAGCAAGAGAAUUAUUUUAUGCUCUAUGGAUACCUGAUCUUUUUAUGAAACGAGUUUUGGAAAAUGGUGUAUGGUCUUUAAUGUGUCCACAUGAAUCUCCUGGUCUACCUGAUGUUUGGGGCGAUGAAUUUGAAGCUCUCUAUACGCGAUAUGAGAAUGAAGAAAGAUAUAAACGUCAGAUUCAAGCUAGAGAUUUAUGGACAGCUAUUCUUGUCGCUCAAGUUGAAACAGGAACUCCUUAUAUGCUUUAUAAAGAUCAUUGCAAUCGUAAAUCAAAUCAUCAAAAUAUAGGAACGAUAAAAAGUAGUAAUUUGUGUACAGAAAUCGUACAGUUUUCCAGUCCAAAUGAAAUCGCUGUAUGUAAUUUAGCUUCAAUCGCGGUCAAUAUGUUUGUAAAUCCUGUUAAUCGAACAUUUGAUUUUCAAAAACUUUUGCAAGUGACAAAAAUUGUUACUUGUAAUCUAGAUAAGAUUAUCGAUGUUAACUACUAUCCAGUUCCACAAGCCGAAACAUCAAAUUUUAGACACAGACCUAUAGGGAUUGGAAUUCAGGGUCUCGCAGAUGUGUUCCUUUUAAUGCGAUAUCCAUUUGAAAGUGAGGAAGCACAAAAACUUAAUAUUCAAAUAUUUGAGACACUAUAUUAUGGUGCCUUAGAAGCUAGCUGUGAACUUGCUGCAGAGAAAGGAACAUAUGAAACUUAUAAAGGUAGUCCAGUCAGUAAAGGAAUUUUACAAUAUGAUAUGUGGAAUGUUACUCCAACUGAUUUAUGGAAUUGGACAAUUUUGAAAGAAAAAAUUGCAAAACAUGGAGUUAGAAAUUCUUUACUAAUUGCACCUAUGCCAACAGCCUCUACUGCACAAAUUUUAGGAAAUAAUGAGUCCAUAGAACCAUAUACCAGUAAUAUUUAUGCAAGAAGAGUUUUGUCUGGAGAGUUCCAAAUUGUAAAUCCUCAUUUAUUGCGAGAUCUAACUGAAAGAGAUCUUUGGGAUGAAGACAUGAAAAAUGAAAUUAUAGCAAAUAACGGUUCUAUACAGAAUAUUGAACGUAUACCAAAUGAUCUGAAAAUGCUUUAUAAAACAGUGUGGGAAAUACCACAAAAAAUAAUCUUAAAAAUGGCAGCAGAUCGAGGUGCAUUUAUAGAUCAAUCACAGUCAUUAAAUGGUUUAAAAACUGGUAUGUAUUAUUUAAGAACAAAACCGGCCGUAAAUGCUCUUCAAUUCACAGUUGAUAAAUCAAAAUUACGAAACGCAAAUACUAUUAAUCCUUGUCAGGCUACUGAAAGUAGUAAUGAUGAGGAACUCAAUUCUUCAAAAAGUGGAUGGUUACGAAAUCAAAGCAACGAAAGCAUAGAUGCUGUACUCGCAUGCUCUCGCGAAAAUGGAGAUGCAUGCAUGGCCUGCGGAUCAUAAAUAUUAAUAUUUGUUAUAUUUUGUAUUUAAGUUAUAAUUUUUAUGAGUAUUUAUACGUGUGAUGAGUGUUAUAUUUAAGUAUACUUUUUAUAAUACUAUACUAAGUUUUGAAAAAUUGUGAAAUAAAAUUUGCCAUCGAUUUCGUUUA